AUGCCUGAACCCGUCUGCACGCCUGCGGCACACGCUGCUACCACUCGCACAGCCAAGAGCGUCUCGGAGCCUACCACGGUGGCGUCGGUGUUUGCCUCGCUCGGACUGCCCGCACCGGGCUCCAAGAUUCCAGGCGUCUUUGAUGGAUGCAGCUGGCAACACGGUGCUUGCGCCUCAUCCGCGUUGACGUCGGUGAACCCUGCUACGGGCGAGACACUUGGCACGGUUAGCUGUGCGACUGCGGCGCAAGUGAGCUCGGUGAUCGCUGCGGCGCAAGCUGCGCAGCGCAUGUUUGCUACUGUGCCGGCAGCAACGCGUGGUGGAGUAAUGAAGGACAUCUGUGCGGCGUACAUGGAGCACAAGCACGCAUUGGGCGCGCUCAUCUCUUAUGAGAUGGGUAAAGUGCUCUCGGAGGGCAGAGGCGAGGUUCAGGAAGUGAUUGAUGUAGCCGAUAUGGCGGUAGGACUUUCGCGAAGCAUCGCAGGCUCGGUUCUGCCCUCGGAACGACCGGGACAUGUGAUCUACGAGAUUGCGAAUCCGCUCGGACUGGUCGGCGUGAUCACGGCAUUCAACUUUCCGGUUGCGGUGCACGGCUGGAACUUCUGCCUUUCGUUUAUCUGCGGUAAUGCGACCAUCUGGAAACCAUCGCCAACCACACCACUCACGGCGAUCGCAACGACGAAACUGUUGAUCAAGGUGCUGGAAAAGCACCAGCUUCCAACCGCGCUGGCUGCACUGGUUUGCGGAGACGUCGAGACCGGCCAGACACUGACGCGUGACGCCCGGAUUCAGCUCACCUCGUUUACAGGAUCUGAACACAUUGGCAAGCUCGUGGCACAGGACGUGGCGGGACGUCUCGGCAAGAUCCUGUUGGAAUUGGGCGGCAACAAUGCGGCGAUCGUCUUGGACGAUGCGGAUCUCGACCUGGCAGUUCCCGCGGUGGCUUUUGCUGCGGUAGGAACCGCGGGUCAGAGAUGCACUACAACACGACGCUUGCUCUUGCAGCGACGAGUCGCGCAGACGUUUUUGGAUCGAUUGGUCAAGUUUUACGCUUCGUUGCAAGAAAAACAUUUGAUCGGAGAUCCGACCGAUCCCAACAUUCUGUGUGGGCCAUUGCAUUCCAGGGGUGCCGUGGAAAAGUACUGGAAGACGCUCGACACGAUCCGUUCGACUGGAGGCAAGAUCCUGUUUGGUCCCGAAUCUAGCUCGAAUCCUGGUCUGGACAAACACCUGGUCCAGGGCAAGGGAAACUAUGUUCUGCCGGCGAUUGCCAUGCCCGCUUCGUGCACCGACCAGGUGUUUCAGGAAGAAGUGUUUGCUCCGAUCCUCAACGUAGCUCUGUUUGACACGCUCGACGAGGCAAUCGCACUCAACAACGGCGUUCGUCAAGGUCUCUCGAGCAGCCUGUUUACCACGAAACUCACCAACAUUGGCGACUGGCAGGGCGCGCUCGGCAGCGAUUGCGGCAUUGUCAAUGUCAACGUCAGCACAAGUGGCGCAGAGGUCGGCGCCGCUUUUGGAGGCAACAAGGCAACAGGUUGGGGCAGAGAGUGCGGCGGCGAUGCGUGGAAACAGUACUGCAGGUGGGCCACCAGCACCGUCAACUACAGUAGCAAAGUCGCCCUUGCGCAGGGUGUCGUGUUUGACGCUUGA